AUGCUUUGGAUCGUGGCCCUGGACUUCCGCCCCCGUACGGGUGGUGGCCAGUACGGGUCUGCCAUCAUCGAGUCCUUGAAGAAUCACGAGCCGGUGGAGUGCCAGGAUUGGCCUGAUGUCACCGUGAUCUUCGUGCAAGUCUGCGACUUCUCCAGGAUCUGCUCGGUGCUGCCGCCCACUCUGACGGUGGAGGUCUUGGACAAGGUGUUUCAGGAGUUGGACCGCUUGAGCGACCUACUGAAGGUGCACAAGGUGGAGACGGUGGGGGAUGUGUACAUGGCCGUGUCGGGCUGUCCGCAGGAAAUCGCCAACCACGCGGAUGUGGCGGCCCACUUUGCCCUAGCAGCGCAGUCCAGCAUGAUCAGGAUGCGCGCCCGGGACCUGGCGCCGCAGGGCGUCAAGGGCCGGCGCCUCUCGAUGGUGCUGUCGGACCAGAACGUAGAACUACGCAUCCGCAUCGGCUUGAACAGCGGCCCUAUCCGCGCCGGUGUGGUGGGGUUGGACAAGCCCCGGUACAAGCUCUUCGGGGAUACCGUCAACACGGCCAGCCGAAUGGAGAGUACUUCGGAGCCAGGACACACCCAGAUGACGGAGGCAACCCGUGCCCGGCUCAGCGAUAUCUUUCACGCAGAGGAGCGUGGAGAGGUGCAAGUCAAGGGCAAAGGCUCUUUGAGGACAUUCUAUCUUCAGGGCUACAGCAUGAUAGACUCGGACACUGCAAGAGCGUCGGAGGAGUCUGUGACCAUCAUGGUAGUGCAGAAGGCGCGAUGCGAUCACUCCCCGGACAGCGUCUUUGUCCCAGGAAAGGGGCGGCUGCGCCGCGCGGCGGGCGUCCUGCAGGAGUUAGUCGCAGUGAUGCCGGACACCAGCCAGGACAUCAUGAGCUUUCGGACGACCUUGACCAACAAGUCCUUCCGAUGGAAGCACUGGAUGGAGACAAAGCUCCUGAUGGUUCCAAGCUCCUCCAAGAGCCCAGAGAUGCUGCUGAGGCUUCGGCACGACAAAGCGGAGUACAAGCAUGAGACGUUGGAGCGGCAUCUGUUCUUCGCCCGGACUUUGGUGAUCGCCUGGCACUUGCUGCUGGCAUCCACCGCCACCUUGGACUAUGCCUUCGACAUCGCCUCAAGUGACGUGACGACACCCCCUCAUCCCCUCGCAUGCCGAUUCGCCAUGAAGCUUCGCCUUUUACCCGCGCUGCUGGUGCCGCUGGUCCCGGCGGAGGGGGCCUUGUCCAUCUCCUCGGGCUACGAGACCUUCCUCACGCAGAUCCGCACGCGCAUUGUCUGCGCAGAGGACGACGUCUACGAUGAGGCCGCACUGGUCAAGCCCUGUGACUCCAUGAAGGACGGGCCCUUCUGCCGUGGUCUCCCUGAGUCUGGCACGGCACGGCACCGGCCCUUCACAUUGGACAGCAUCGUGCCGCAGCACCUCUUUGGGGACCCCAGGGCUGCCUUGGAACUCGAGGAGGGGGCUGUGGACGCAGACACCCAGGCCACAAAGCAGGCCAUCCAGGUGCUGAACCGCUUCCUUGAGAAGAACUCCGUGAAGGAGUCCAUGCCGAGCUCCGCCUGGGAGGGGCGCCUGGAUUUCCGGGGCCUCUGGGGCGGCUCGGCGCCGCGGGGCUUCUCGGCGGGGCUGCCGCCGGAGGUCUACGCCACCUGGGAGGGCGCCUGGCAGGUUGUACCCGCCGUGGAAGGCCCUGGGGACUGGAUGAGCAAAGCGAAGCGGAAGCCGCGGGUGCAAGCGGCCCUCCGGCUGAACGGCGCAAUAGGCGCUGUGCGCUUCUCCCGGCCGGUGGUGGUCCGCAGCUUGCAGCUGAGACCCGAGGCCGAGGCGGAGGAUGACCUCGUGGUGCUGGGCCGAAUUGGUGGCAUGGAGGUCUGGCGCCACGCCUACCGGCGCAAGGACCUCUCAGUGCCCCUUUGCGGCACCGGCGACCUGGUGCUCGGCAGGUGGGAGGGUGGCGAGCAGCUGGGGCAGUACUACUACGCCCGGAUCCUGGCACCCCACACCUUCGGCGCCACGGUGAUGUGGUUGGACCACGACCCGACCCACCGCCUGGUGGUCUGGGAGCAUCUGCUCACCCCGGCGGGCAAGCCCUGCGCCGAUGCCGACGGCUCUGACUCCUUGCGGCCCAACCGGCUCUGGCGGGAUGUGGCGCGGCGCACCAAGGCGGUGGACGAGGUGGCCUUCCUCUCAAGACUCGCGGAGUCCGGAUCCGAGCCCCAAGUGGGCGGUUGGCUGCUGGGGCGGCUGCACCUGGCGGCGGAGCGGUGGAAGGCGAAGAGCGACUCGGUGAACGAGGCGGCGGUGCGGCCGCCCGCAGGCACCACCAGCCGCGUGGUGCAGGUGCUGCCUGGUCCCCAUGCCACCAUGGAGGAGGCUUCUAGCGCUGCGGUGUUCUACAACGCGGACGACAUGUUGGAGCGGGGCCUAAGGCUGAAGAGCUGGAGCCGGCGGACGCUGGUGGAGCCCCAGGCCAAGGUACAGCAGCGGCUCCAGCUGAGCGCCUUCCGCUCGGUGGAGGGGCUGAAGCAGGUGGUGCGCGCCCUGAUGCUGGACGUGGGAAGGCCGUCUUUGAAGCUGCCUGCCCACAUCAGCGAAGCCCGCGUGCUGCGUGAUAUGGAUUACCUGGUCACUGCCAUGAACGUGGGGCAUCUGCAGCCUGAGGAUCAGGAGAAGGUGGUAGAGCGGUACAAGCACUUCGAGGUCUUCUUCUCAGAUCUCUGGGACUGGCGAGCUGGGGCUGACUCCUUGCACGUGCUCUACGAGCUGUGGAUGAACGCGCCCAAGAUGCACGCGGAGGCCGUGGAGGUCUUCCAGGAGGGCCAAAGCUGGCAGGGCUCCUACUACUGCACCCAGGGCCGCACGGAGUUCCGACUGGACAUCACCGAGAAGACGCCGAGAGGUUCCGAGAGCCCGGAGCAGGUGAGGGCGGAUCUGACCUUCACCAUCGUCAAGAGCAGCGGCAACGUCACCGGGAUCUACGAGGUGACAGGACAGCUGGAGCCUUCUGGCCGCGUGCUGAUCCUGGAGCCGGUGCCGGACUCCUGGAAGGCGCAGCCCAAGAACUUCGUAAUGGUGGGCACCCAGGGCAUCGUGUCCAGCAGCGACGACGGCACGGGGCGCUCCGUGUACGCCGGCAUGGUGCCCAUCUACGGCUGCGACAGCUUCGAGCUCUUCUCGGAGGCCAAGUCCCCGGAGCGCCCACCGCUGUGGCAGAACAAUCCCUGGAACGGCGCCUUGCUCAGGCUGAGCCAGGCCAUCGACGUGAAUCGCCAGGUUUGGCGGAGAAUACUGAAGAGGCUCAUGGCCGAGAAGCCGGCCAAGGCCCAGAAGGUGAAGCAGAUCAUGGAGCUGACCCCCAAGGGCCUGGUCAAAGUGGAGGUGACGUCCGCCAACGAGUUCGUGCUGAAGCUGAAGCGGUGA